AUGGUGAAUCCUAGUUUGUUUGCCGACUUGCCGUGGAAGAAAGGAAGAGAAACCGCCGGCGAGGGGCAGAAAAAGAUGCGGGGUUUGAGUAGGCUUGGCGUCGGGCUCACGGUGGUGUCCGCGCUCCUCCUCCUCGCGCUCGCCGCGGAGCUCUACUACCUCCUCGUGCACAAGCGCCGCCAGCGACGACGCGCCGCCGCCGUCUCCGACGCGGCCUCCUCGCCCUCCUCCUCCUCCCGCGAGCUGCUCCAGCUCUUCUGCUUCAAGAAGCCGCCCGCACUCGCCUCCACCUACGCGCAGGAGCCGACCGAAGCCGUGGCCGAGGUCGUCGUCGUCGACGACGACGACGAGACGGUGGAGGCGCAGCUGAUGCGGCUCGGCAGCCUCGUCGGCCCGCCGCGGCUGCUCUUCACCAUCAAGGAGGAGACCAAGGAGGACCUCGAGUCCGAGGGCGGCCGGAGCAGGUGCGGGAGGAGCCGGAGCCUCGGCGACCUGCUGCAUUGCUCCGAGACGCCGUACCUCACGCCCGCCUCCUCGCCCCUCCCGCCGGCCAUGGAGAAAUCGUACAACCCCCUGUUCGAGUCGCCGGCGGCGAGCCCAGCCGCGGUGGCGGCGUCGCCGCCGCCCAAGCUCCAGUUCCUCAAGGACGCGGAGGAGAAGCUGUACCGGCGGGCACUGGCCGAGGAGGCGAAGAGGGCGCGGGGGUCGCCGGCGGCCGGCGAGGAGGACUGCGGCGGGUACAUCACCAUCGUGGUGGGGAAGAACACCCGAGUCAUCCCCUUGCCCUCGCCUCCCGGCAGCGCUUGA